AUGCCAGAUCCGGACUGUAUGGUGGAAGGUACCACCGACAAUGAUGACACAGACGAAGUGAAAGUGGCUGUGAAGAAAUGGAAACAAAAAAUACCUUUAUGUAAAGAGAAAAUAGAAGAAACUUGGUUGUACCAUGAAAUAGGUAGAGCCUACAUUGAACUUGGACAAUAUGUACAAGCUAUUGAAUUCGGUAAAAAAGCCAUGGGAUGUGCUGGACAGUGCUAUAAUUCAGACUGGAAAUUGAAUUGCACAGCAUUAGUGGCACAAGCUUAUAUUUACGCAAAAAAUAUCGAAGAAGGAAUUAAAUAUUUUAAAAUAGCUUUAUCGUAUGCUAAACUUUCAUCAAAUUAUGAAAACGUAAAAGCAAUUACCGAAAUGCUUUACAAAUUGAAAUUAUACAAUAAUAAAAUUACGGAUUCUCAACAAUUAGAAUCAUCGAAAUUUUUAGAAUCUUUUGAAUUUCAACCGGAAGAAAAUUGGAAAGAAGAAUCUUGGGCAUCCGACGUUAAUGCAUUGCAUAAUCAAGAGAAAAAACAAACUGAUGUUACUGAAGAUUCAAUAUCAGAAAUUACCGAAGACAGUGAAAGAAAAAAAGAAAUGACAAGUUCAAUUGAAUGUAAAGAUUCAAAUAAAUUUUUACAAUCGGACGAUAACGUUGAUCCACAAGAAAUAAAAUAUCAUUCCACACCCAUCAAAGAUGCUCCUGAAGUUCUUCACAAUUCUUCUGAAAUGCAAUCGAAAUUUCAAAAUAAUUCGUUCUUUCAGUCAGAAUCUUCAAAGGAACAAGAGGAGAUGGCUGAGCUUUCGGAUGAUGAAAAGAAUAAAAUAAAAAGCGAUAAUUCUAGGACAUUCAAAGGAUAAGAUUUCUUCAGAAAACAAGAUAUAAUAUUUUCAAAAUUUCAGUAUUAAUUUUGUUUAAUAAAGUUAUACAAAUGUUAUUAAAUUUUAGUCAAGUUAAUAGAAUAAAUUAUCUGUUAUA